AGCCUUCCUAUAUUACUGUAAUUUAUUAACUCAUCUUCACUUUAACUUCAUCCAAAGCUUUUAUUUCGACACUCUCUUCACUCUCGCUCUCAGUCAGUCCCAAGAUGGUUUCAGCUCUGGUUCCGAUGAUGAUGAUGAUGAUAAUGAUGAUGAUGGCUGUGAGCCUUGGUGGUGGGAAGUGGGCUGCAGCAGCCGAGGUACACCAUGUGGUUGGUGGUGACCGCGGCUGGGACUUGCCUUCUAACGUCGAUGCUUGGUCCUCCGGUCGAGUCUUCAGAGUCGGAGACAAACUCUGGUUCACCUACUCCGCGGCGCAGGAGAGCAUCGCCGAGGUCAAAAGCAAAGAGGAAUACGAAUCGUGCGAUGUGAGCAACGCAAUCAAGAUGUUCACGGACGGCUUAGAUAGUAUCUUGCUAGAUGGGGAAGGGAUUCGCUACUUCGUCAGCGGCAAAACCGAAAACUGCAAGAACGGCCUGAAGCUACACGUGGAAGUAGUGCCUGAUGAGCACACACGGGAGAACCCAAAAGUCACCACAUCAGAGGCUUCAGCAACGGGCUUGGCUGCUGCUCCCACAAGUCCUUCCCGAGCUUCGGUUCGUAUCAGUGAAAGUUUUGUUCUGUUUUUUGUUGGGCUUGGGCUUUGUUUCAUGGGCCUUUAAUAGGCCCAGGUUUUUUUAAAUAUUAGACAUUUCGUCGCUUGUAUUAUUAGAGAGUUGGCCCGUGUGGUUUGGCAUGUAAGAGUAAGGUUUAGAAUUAUGUAAUGGUUCAUUUUGAUUGUUCCCGACUUGGGAUACAUUGAAUGGAUCUUGUUUUGUCAUGAA